AUGUCGCGGUCGCGGGCGCUGGAUUCGGGUUCAGGCCGAACGGAACGGGCGGGGCUGCCAGACCAUCAUGACGCAAGCCAGCGGCGCCUUCUAGCCGGCUGCCCGAUGCCUGCCGAUAAAGGGUCUAAAGAGAGCCAGCCCGAUUCUCGUCUUGCGGGACCCCGAUCGGGACUGGCCUGGCCUGCCUUGAAUUUGGGCCGCCCCAAGCAGGCCAGCAUGGCGGCUUUGCUCAGCUGCUUCGAGGGCGAUUGGGGCGACAGCCGUGGCCGGGAUCGGAACGUGCCUUUGGCAGCCUCGGCCCGCCCGGCGCCCUGCCUGCCUGCCAGCCUUGGGCCCCAUGCUCUGUACGCUGCACGUGGUUGCCAUCGGCACCUGCGACCGUGCGCCCGCUGCUUGACAGAAAUGCAGCGACGCCGUCGGUGCGACGGUUUGGCAGAUGUCUACAUAGGCAGAUGGAUUCAGGCCGUGCGAAGUCCCUGCUUUGCGGUCUGCUUUGUUGCGAUCCGGUCGAACAGGCAGGUUGAGGCGGAAGCAGGCUUGCGUGCUCCUCCGGCGGCGCCUUCGAGCUAA